UGGUUUUGCUCAUCAUUUCCCUGCUAGGAAAAGGGAAGGGCCAGUGACGCCCCCGAACCCAGCUGCAGAAGCGGCCGCCACCUCCGAUGCACAAGGUGUCUCAUCUGAGAAGAAACCUGAGCCCCAGGGAGGAGGCGCGGAGCGACCGGGGCAGGGCUGGCGCGAACCAGGAGGCAGAGCGCUGGGCAGCGCUCAAGGACCAGCGGAGCUCGGCCGCGGAGGACCCUUGCGACCCGCUCCUGAGAUCCCGGCUCCACACUCUCCUCGAAUUUUACAGAUUUCCCCCGGCGACUUAUCUCCCCAAAACGGAGCCUUUAUCCCAAGAGAAGGUGAGGGAGCUGGGGCAACCAGGACUUUCCCGGGCACCCAAGAUGCGCUCCAUUAGGAAGAGGUGGACGAUCUGCACGAUAAGUCUGCUCCUGAUCUUUUAUAAGACAAAAGAAAUAGCAAGAACUGAGGAGCACCAGGAGACGCAACUCAUCGGAGAUGGUGAACUGUGUUUGAGUCGAUCACUUGUCAAUAGUUCUGAUAAAAUCAUUCGAAAGGCUGGCUCUUCAAUCUUCCAGCACUCUGUAGAAGGUUGGAAAAUCAAUUCCUCUUUGGUGCUGGAAAUAAGGAAGAACAUUCUUCGUUUCCUAGAUGCAGAACGAGAUGUCUCAGUGGUCAAGAGCAGCUUUAAGCCUGGUGAUGUCAUACACUAUGUACUCGACAGGCGUCGGACACUAAAUAUUUCUCAGGAUCUUCACAGCCUCCUACCUGAAGUGUCACCAAUGAAAAAUCGCAGAUUUAAGACCUGUGCAGUUGUUGGAAAUUCUGGCAUUCUGCUUGAUAGUGAAUGUGGAAAGGAGAUUGACAGUCACAACUUUGUAAUAAGGUGUAAUCUAGCCCCUGUGGUGGAGUUUGCUGCAGAUGUGGGAACUAAAUCAGAUUUUAUUACCAUGAAUCCAUCAGUUGUACAAAGAGCAUUUGGAGGCUUUCGGAAUGAGAGUGACAGAGAAAAAUUUGUGCAUAGACUUUCCAUGCUGAAUGACAGUGUCCUUUGGAUCCCUGCUUUCAUGGUCAAAGGAGGAGAGAAGCACGUGGAGUGGGUUAAUGCAUUAAUCCUUAAGAACAAACUGAAAGUGCGAACUGCCUAUCCAUCAUUGAGACUUAUUCAUGCUGUCAGAGGUUACUGGCUGACAAACAAAGUUCCCAUCAAAAGACCCAGCACAGGUCUCCUCAUGUAUACACUUGCCACAAGAUUCUGUGAUGAAAUUCACCUGUAUGGAUUCUGGCCAUUCCCUAAGGAUUUGAAUGGAAAAGCCGUCAAAUAUCAUUACUACGAUGACUUAAAAUAUAGGUACUUUUCCAAUGCAAGUCCUCACAGAAUGCCAUUAGAAUUCAAAACAUUGAAUGUGCUACAUAAUAGAGGAGCCCUGAAACUAACAACAGGAAAGUGUGUAAAGCAAUAAAGCACAUUUGAAAACAUACAAACAAACUGAAUAUGCACUUCUUUUCUGAAGAUGCUUCCUAAGAUUUGAAAAUAGGAUCCAGAACAAGACUGAGUUUCAGUAUCCACCAAUUAUCCGAAAGGUGAUAAAGGACAUUUAUGAGAAAUCCGCUACCAGCUGAUGAAAUACCUGCAAAGUGCUCUAAAAAACAUAUUUCGACUUCAAGGGUCCUAGUAAGUGCCACUUCCACUAAGAACACAGUUUGAAUGUAAUCAGUAGUGUUUACAAGAUCCAACAAUGCACUUGUCAUUAGUUAAUGAGGCAAAUAUGUUCAUCACUGUUGGGCUGCCACGGCAACGCCAAGCACAUUAGAAGAGUAACCCAGCCCUGGGGAUUAAACCAUCCUUGUCAGAAGAAAUCAAGAUGGAAAUAGUUGGAGCAGUGAAAUCCAUAAGAUUAAACAACUCAAGUAAAUGCCUUCAGUCAGGACUCUGAGUCUGAUCAUGAAUUUUAUGUUUUUGUUUUUGUUUUUGUCUUCUGGAAUCUCUUUUGGUUUGGGUAUUGGGUGCUUAGAAAUCCUUUCUGAGAUAAAGAUGAAUGAGAUAAAUAACCUUCAAGAAAUCAUUUUUAAAGUUCUUAUAUUUUUAAAGAGCAAUCACACAAUGACUUUGUAAAAACGUUUUAUUUUGCACAACUUUAAACCUCCAGAGUUUUUCCCAGUGGUGUAGAAGGUACCAGCUAAACUGUGCCACUCAGUAAUCUUGAGCCAUUCUAAAGGAAAGAUGUUCAAUGUCAUCUGAGAUGGUAAAAUUAGCAGGAAAAAAAAAGUACUUUUGGUACCAAAGAUUAUACUGAUGUUUCUACACAACAAACCAUUCUCCUUUCAUGAAAAUAAUAUAUUAAUAUAUUAUGAUGCUACUAAUACAGAAGUUGUCUUUAAAUAUGUUGAAUUUUUCAAACUCAAACUUUAUUUUUAUUUGAAGAAGACUUCCAUAACUUUUACAUUUCAUAAUAAUUUUCUGGAAGCAUUUUGCCCUUUAGGAUAAAUGUCAGACUGAUAGGGCUGAAAUCUGACUUCCAGUUCUUUGAUAUUCCCCUUAUUACUCAAAUGGAAAGAUUGGCAUUCUCUUUACAUUACUGUUAAGUUUUCUUAGUGCAGAAAUAACGUGAUUAAUAGAAUGCUGUUUCCAAAACAGGGAUGAUUACUUUUAAGAGGUUUAAUAAUGAAACUGUGUCAGCAUUUUGCACUUCAAGUGAAUGAAAUUGACCAAUAUUUUCUCUGUGGUUAAAUUUAUUCACAGUACUACAUUAAUGUGUUUUCAAAGAAGCACAUGAAAUUAUUAAUAAAGUGAUUCAAAAAGUUUUAACAUGUGAUAGAAUUGACCAAUGGGCCAGUUUUCUGUUAACUUCUACUUCAGCGGCAGGUAAUUCUGACAGUGAAUUGUUUAGAAAGCAGAAGUGCUGUGUUCCCACUUCUACUCUUGGAUUGAAACCCUUAGAUGACCUCUUGUUUCUUAGGGAAGGCAGUGUAAGAAGAGAAGAAAUAGUGUGGGGAACAUGUAUGUUUUGUUUCUUAGGGAAGACAGUCUGAAAAAAGAAUAAAUAUCAUGGAGAUUUUAUAUAUAUAUAUAUAUAUAUAUAUAUAUAUAAUCAUAGAAAAGGAUGUCCACAGUAGUACAGUUCUUAAUAUAUUAAUAAUACAUGGUAUUAUUUUUAAAAAUAUAAGAGAACCUUGGGUUUCAAAAUCCUAUUUUUUAGAAUUCAUGUGUCUCUAAGAAAACAAAAUAGAAUGCAUAAAGGAGAUACAUAGCUAAAAAUGCUAUGAACAUGAUGCACUUUUAUCAUUAACCUCUUAUUACCUAAUGGAAAUCUUAAAAGAAUUAGGCACAUGUUUUGAAUGUAAAGUUGAAAAGUCUGAUUUAUGUAACAAAUCCAAAGUAGGUGAUUUAUAGAACCUUAAUUUUUACUAUUUGUGGGUAAGUUGUUGGAGUAGUCUUUAAUUUGAAUUCGAUAGAAAAUUUGAAGUCACAAGUAAAUUCUGGUAGGUACUGUCCAUCUCAGAGCUCAUUAAAAGUUUGUCUUACAAAGCAGCAGCAAGGAACCUUGCCAUUUUUACUGCAUUAUCAACAAAUGUAUUUCAACAAUUUUAAGGCCACAGCAAAAGCAUACAGCCACUCAUCGUUUUGUGCAUUAAUGUUUAUCUCAUAGAUGCAUUGAGUAGUGCCUUUUUAGCUUUGCAUUGCUUUGUUACCCUAACUUUGUGUUCUCUAAAUAAAUUGCCCAGUUCUGAAAAUGUUCAGCAUAUAAAAAGGGCUUCAGUAUCGACUGAGACUACUUUUGUUCAUCUCAGGGAACUUUCAAUACUCAAGAAUGAAUUCAAAGGUAUUUAGUGUUCAAAGAAAACAAACUGUACAAGACCAUUUCAUUCCCUAUUGUAUACCUUUCCAUUCACCUCACCACCUCCACAAUCUACUGUGGCCUUCUUACAGGGAUAAGGCAAGGAGAUCACUAAUAGCAAGAAGAAGAAGAAUUCCGUUUAACCAAUAAGGGCCAAAAGGGAUCAUGAUAAAAUAAAAUUAUACAUACGUACUUGAAACAUCUGAGUUUUUUUUUUCUUUUGAGACUAUCUAUCAUAUGUUCACAGCUUUAAUUUUUUGUUUCUUUUUCACAAUUUACCCCUGUACCUGGCAAUGCUCAGGCAGCUGAUUGUGAAAGAUGCUUGUCCUUUAGAGAACAUGGUUGUUACUGUGCUGUUGACACGAAUAGGCCAUGGAAACAAUUUCACCAUUACCCAGCCUGUUCUAUACUUAAUAUUAUGUUGCUCGAAUAAAAAAAAAAAAAAAAAAAAAAGAA